GCUAAAUUGCUUAACCCCAAUGUAUCGAGUGAUUUCUUCAUCCACCACUGAUUCGUCAUCCUCUAACUCAUCGUCCUCCAUGGCCUCUUUAUUUGGGAAUGUGUCUCCUCAAGCCAGGGCUAGUUCAUCUGCUAAGGGUAUUAAUCUCGAUGAUAUUUUAGAGGAUGUAACUCCUCUUUAUGUUGCCUACCCCCAGAAGCCCCAAAAAGGACUAUCGAGAAGAGGCUGA